GAAACAGGUUAUUUUGGGCACACCCCCCCCCACCGACGAUGAUCAGCCACGUUGCCAUGGAAACCUACUGGAGAGAAGUUCGGAGCAUUGAGGAGGAGGAGGAGGGUGAGGAAGAGGAGGAAGAGGAGGAGAUGAAGAGUAUGGAUGAGGUGGAGCUGGAGGAGGCGUGGCUAACGGAGGCGGGGUUAUCGUCCCUGGUAACCGGUUCGUUCUCAGAGGAGGAGGCGCCACUGGUUGCCGGGUCUGUUACCGAGGCGCUGGUUGCCGGGUCCGUUACCGAGGCGUUGCUGUCCACGUUGACACGGCAACAAGCGGCCACGGUGAGGAAGAGGCUAGACAACUACACGGAGACGCUGAAGACCAGAAACAGGCAGCCAAUCAGAGACGUCCGGGACAUCUUCCCCCAGCCCGACGAUGACUCAGCAGAAAGAUGCCCCUCUCCUCACCACGCUGAGUCACCGCCGAGAUACCACACGACCACCAAAACCAUUCGCAGAGACACUCACAGAGGUCGACCGACUCUUCAUACGUUUAUGUUCGAGGAUCAACUUCCAGAACACCUGUCAUCCCCCACAAACACACACACACACUCUCACACAGACACACACUCUCCACCACACACACACUCUCACACAGACACACACUCUCCACCACACACACACUCUCACACAGACACACACUCUCCACCACACACACAGCCUGUCAGCUGGUCGAGGCGAGCUGAUUGGCUGCUGCGGGACUCACCGUACUCAGAGGGCGUGGCUGAUCACAAACGGGGCGGGACUUGUUGGGACUGCCUUCAUUUCCAUGGAGACAACGACAGCGGUGACCAGCCGUUUGUACCUGUCUCACCCCCUCAGAGUCUCACUGCAGCAGACGACCUGUCGUCAUGUGACCUGACGCGCCUUGGCUUCAUCUCUCACAUCGAGCUCUCCACCUUCCUGCUCGCUCUGGGCGUCCAAACCAAACGCACCCGCCCGCCACGGAGACGCACCCGAGAUGGUGGUGUGUUCGGUGUCUCUCUGAAUUCUCUGUUGGAGAACGACAGGAAGACGUUUCCUGGAGUUAAAGUUCCUGUUGUCUUCCAGAAGUUGUUGUGUAUCUUAGAGGAGACCGGCCUGGAGACUGAAGGGAUUCUCAGAGUACCAGGAUCAGCUGCCAGACUCAAGUCCCUGCGCAGAGAGCUAGACAGGAGUUGUGGAGCGUUCGACUGGUCAGCAGUGAGACAGGUGGACGCUGCAGGUCUGCUGAAGCUUUUCAUCAGAGAGCUGCCGACACCUCUACUGACACACACACACCUGUCCACCUACCGCUCCUUACUGGGUGUCUCCUCGGUGGUCCACCAGAUUCAGGCUCUGCAGCUGCUGGCGCUACUCCUACCUGAAGCCAACAGAGACACACUCAGAGCGCUGCUGGUCUUCCUGCGUCAGGUGGUGUCUCACCAGGACAGGAACCGGAUGUCUCUGUGGAACGUCUCCAUGGUGAUGGCACCCAACCUCUUCACCUGCCCUCGCCACGGCAACAAGCGCUCCAUCGCUAGGCAACGGGAGGAGAUGGAGGAGGCGGUCGCAGGGGCUCACCUUGUCCAACUGAUGGUCACACACCAGGACCUGCUCUGGACCGUCCCUGUCUUCCUGCUGUCGCAGGUGAGACAGAUGAAUCAGGCGUCCAAUCAGAAACAGUUUGGCCUGACGCGGGCGACAAGACGGCUGCUGAGGAGGAAGAACGACAGAAACCAAGUAACAGAGCUGUGUGAAGGUGUGAUCAGAGUUCACGCCCCGCUGCACGCCAAGGUCUCCAUGGCGAUACAGCUCGAUGGACAGACGAGAGCCAGAGACGUUAUUGCUCGCUUUGGGUGCGACACCAGCUGUUCUGGUCAACAUCUGUAUGAAGUCGGAGGAAACAUCUGUGAGCGGCGUCUCCAUCCAGACUGCGUGUUAUUGGACGUGUACAGAGUGAAUCCUCACUGUGAUUGGAUGAUCAAACCCUGACACACAGCCUGUCUCACACACAGCCUGUCUCACCACUAAGCUGAGACCUCUGGGUGUUGUCAUGGUGACAUCAGAAAUCAAACAUUGAAAUCAAUAUAAGCAGAAUGAUUUGUAUUGACUGUAUUUUGUAUGUAUAGUUUUCUGAUCAACGUUACCUGCAUGGAUUCACACUGAGUGGAUGUCUGAGUGACUGAUGGCAACAACACCAGACACUGGUCCAUAAUAGGCCCUGAAAUCCCCAUCACCAAACCCACCAGACUCCAUGUAAAUAAUCAGGACUUUUAGCGUGUAUAGAGCCAGCAUAUCUCCACCAGACUCCAUGUA